AGCUCAUCGCAUCAUAAUCAUAAUAAUCAGUAACAUUCCAUCACCCUCCUCCCUCCUUAACUCCAUUUCACAAUCACGAACACGACAUUCUUUUUCGCGUCAGUUAAUCCGCGACGUCUUCAGCCAUGGCAUCUACGGCUGCCGACGGGAUCUCGAAACUCAGCAUUAACGGAGACGAGUGGGCUUCGUCUGCUCCAAAUCUUCGGAGUAACCUAUCUCUUCUCUCUCCUCAACAGGUAGAACUUGCGAAGAUCUUGUUGGAGGCGGGGCAGAGUCAUCUCUUUCAGCAAUGGCCCCAGCCCGGGGUUGAUGACAACGAGAAGCGCGCCUUUUUUGAUCAGGUUGCCAAACUUAAUUCAAGUUACCCUGGGGGACUGGCAUCAUAUAUUAAAACUGCCAGGGAACUAUUGGCUGAUUCCAAAGCUGGGAAAAAUCCGUAUGAUGGUUUUACACCUUCUGUUCCAUCUGGGGAAAAUCUGACCUAUGGUGAUGAGAGCUUUGUUAAAUUUGAGGAGGCUGGUAUUAGAGAAGCACGGAAAGCUGCCUUUGUUCUUGUUGCCGGGGGACUUGGAGAACGUCUUGGAUACAAUGGAAUAAAGGUGGCUCUCCCUCAUGAAACUACCACUGGGACUUGUUUCUUACAGCACUAUAUCGAAUCUGUUUUAGCUCUACAAGAGGCUAGCUGUAAACUAUCACAAGGUGAAAGCCCAGUCGAUAUCCCUUUCAUUAUAAUGACUUCAGAUGACACGCAUUCACGAACUGCAGAACUGUUAGAGUCAAAUGCAUAUUUUGGCAUGAAACCAACCCAAGUCAAACUCCUAAAGCAAGAAAAAGUUGCUUGCUUAGAGGACAAUGAUGCACACCUUGCUGUGGACCCACACAAUAAGUACCGUAUCCAGACAAAACCUCAUGGGCAUGGUGAUGUUCAUUCACUUCUUUAUUCAAGUGGGUUACUUAAAGUAUGGCAUGCUGCUGGUUUGAGAUGGGUCCUGUUUUUUCAAGACACCAAUGGCCUUCUUUUCAAGGCUAUUCCAGCAUCACUUGGUGUCAGUGCCACAAAACAGUACAAUGUCAAUUCUCUAGCUGUUCCUCGCAAAGCAAAAGAAGCUAUAGGGGGAAUUACCAAGCUUACUCACAAGGAUGGGAGAACGAUGGUGAUUAAUGUGGAAUAUAACCAGCUUGACCCGUUGCUUAGAGCCAGUGGACAUUCUGAUGGUGAUGUCAAUUGUGAAACCGGAUACUCACCUUUCCCUGGGAAUAUAAAUCAGUUGAUAAUCGAGAUUGGUCCAUACAUUGAGGAGCUCCAAAAAACCGGAGGAGCUAUAAAAGAGUUCGUUAAUCCAAAGUACAAAGAUGCUACUAAAACUGCAUUUAAGUCCUCAACUCGACUUGAAUGUAUGAUGCAAGAUUAUCCUAAAACAUUGCCUCCUUCUGCUAAUGUUGGAUUUACUGUGAUGGACGUGUGGCUUGCUUAUGCACCUGUAAAAAACAACCCUGAAGAUGCUUCCAAGGUACCAGAGGGGAACCCAUACCAUAGUGCUACUUCUGGAGAAAUGGCCAUAUAUAAAGCACAUAGCCUCAUUCUGAGAAAGGUUGGUGUGAAGGUAGAUGAUCCAAUUCAUCAGGUGUUCAAUGGACAAGAGGUGGAAGUGUGGCCACGUGUUGUAUGGAAGCCUAAAUGGGCAAUUACUUUCUCAGAUGUUAAAAGCAAAGUGAGUGGAAGUAACUCUAUUUCACAAAGAUCUACUAUGGCUCUAAAAGGUAGAAAUAUCAUCCUUGAGGACCUAUCGUUAGAUGGAGCUCUAGUUGUUGAUGCAGUUGACAAUGCAAAGGUUAAAGCGGGAGGUUCAAUUGAUAACAAAGGAUGGGUGAUUGAAACUGUUGAUUAUAAGGAUAGUUCAGUGGGUGAAGAAGUGAGGAUCAGAGGUUUCAGAUUUAACAAGGUUGAGCAGCUUGAGAAAAUAUAUGAUGAGGCCGGGGAGUUCUGUUUGAACCCUUGAUAUGGAUCACGAUUCACCCACUUUUCAUAAACUUCAAAACCCCCUCCCUCCAAAUACUUUGGUGUAGCCUUCUUCUAUUAUUCUUUGAUUUGUAGGAGCUGAUCGAGGGUUAAGAAUCAGUACGUUGAUUACUCACCCUAUUACUGUACUGUCUUCUUUUCAUUUGUUUUUAUUUUUCACAUUCUUGUGUCCUGUAUCGUGUGCUGACUGAUAGAUUUUGGUUACGUUCAUCAAUCAACGUUGGCUUUCUCUGA